AUGGAAUCCAAAGCUUGUGAAUCCAAAAAUGAAGAUCUUUUAUCAAGUGGCAUCAUAUCCAAAGGAGGUUCUUCAAGCCCGUUUUUUGUAACGUCUACUCAUGGUACAAUAAUUGAAAACGCAUCUUCAACUGGGACUUUAACACAAAUGCCCUUUUUUCCUAAAUAUGAAGUGGAACUUGAUUCUCCUAGAAAGUCCACCCCUUACCCUGGAAAAGAGCAUAUUGAACGUGUUUUGGAAGAAUAUUCACAUCAAGUUAAAGAUUUGCAGAGAAGACUCAACGAAAGCAAUGAAUUACAUGAGAAACAAAAAUUUUACUUAAGACAGUCAGUCAUUGAUUUGCAAACAAAACUUCAAGAAAUGCAAAUGGAGAGAGAUGCGAUGGCUGACAUCAGACGAAGGGAGAGUCAGUCCCAGGAGGAGUUACGAAAUCAGCUUCAGAAUACAGUUCGUGAGCUUGAAGCUGCCAAGUGCCUUAAGGAGGAUAUGUUGAAAGACAGCAGCACACAGAUAGAGCAGCUACGAAAAAUGAUGCUUAGUCAUGAAGGCGUGCUUCAAGAAAUCCGAUCAAUCUUAGUUGACUUUGAAGAAGCCUCAGGCAAGAAAAUAUGUGAACUCGACAGCAUGUCUACCAUGCACUUCCGCAGCCUGGGCUCAGCUAUUAGUAAAAUCCUAAGAGAAUUAGACACAGAAAUCUCUUUUCUUAAAGGGAGGAUAUUUCCAGUAGAGGAUCAGCUUGAAACUCUGAAGUCUGAAUCACAGAACAAAAUAGAGCUAUUACUUCAACAACAUCAAGAUCGGAUUGAGCAGCUGAUCAGUGAACAUGAAGUUGAGAUAACAGGACUUACGGAGAAAGCCAACAGUGCUCGAAGCCAAGCCAACAGUGUCCAGAGUCAACUGGAAAUCAUUCAAGAACAGGCGAGGAACCAGAACUCCAUGUACAUGCGCCAGCUCAGCGACUUGGAGUCAACUGUUUCUCAGCUGCGCUCCGAGCUGAGGGAGACCAAGAGGGUGUCUGAAGAUAAGAUAGAAGAGCUGGAGAAGCAGUUAGUCCUUGCCAAUUCAGAGCUCACGGAGGCACGCACAGAGCGGGACCAGUUCAGUCAGGAGUCAGGAAAUCUGGACGACCAACUCCAAAAGCUCUUGGCAGAUCUUCACAAGAGGGAAAAGGAGCUGAGUCUGGAGAAGGAACAGAACAAGCGUCUGUGGGACCGAGACACAGGCAACAGCAUCACUAUCGACCACCUCCGGCGAGAGCUGGAUGACAGGAACAUGGAGGUGCAGAGGCUAGAGGCCCUGCUCAAGGCCAUGAAGAGCGAGUGUCAGGGCCAGAUGGAGCGGCAGAUGGCAGCCAUUCAGGGGAAGAACGAGAGUCUGGAGAAAGUGUCCUCCCUCACUGCACAGCUGGAGUCCACCAAGGAGAUGCUGCGCAAGGUGGUGGAAGAGUUGACAGCCAAGAAGAUGAACCUUGAGAGCUCUGAGAGAACAGUGUCCGACCUGACAGCUUCCCUCCAGGAGAAGGAACGGGCCAUCGAGGCCACCAACGCAGAGAUCACGAAGCUCCGCUCCCGGGUGGACUUGAAGUUGCAGGAGCUUCAACACCUGAAGAAUGAGGGAGACCACCUCAGAAACGUGCAGACGGAGUGUGAGGCACUCAAACUCCAGAUGGCGGAAAAGGACAAGGUCAUUGAGAUUCUGAGGCAGCAGAUUGAGAACAUGACUCAGCUGGUAGGCCAGCACGGACGGACCGCAGGUGCUAUGCAAGUGGAGAAGGCUCAGCUGGAGAAAGAGAUAAACGACCGAAAGCUGGAGCUGCAGGAGUUUAAGAUUUUAAAAGAUAAAAAAGAUGCAAAGAUUCGGGAGCUUGAAGCCAGAGUGAGUGACCUCGAACUGGAGAAGGUGAAGCUGGUGAAUGCAGGCUCCGAGCGGCUCCGAGCAGUGAAGGACAUCAGACAUGAGAGAGAUCAGCUGCUAAAUGAGGUGAAGACUAGUAGGACUGAACUAAACCAUCUCUCAGAGGACUAUGAAGUCUUAAAGAGGAACUUCCGGAACAAAAGCGAGGAGAUGGAAAGCACCACAAACCGCCUGAAGAUGCAGCUCAAGUCGGCUCAGUCGGAGCUGGAGCAAACAAGGAACACACUCAAGACCAUGGAAGGCUCCGACGGCCACGCUAUGAAGGUGGCAAUGGGCAUGCAGAAGCAAAUCACAGCCAAGAGAGGUCAAAUAGAUGCCCUGCAGAGCAAGGUGCAGUUUUUAGAAGAGGCCGUGACAAGUGCCAAUAAGGAGAGACACUUUUUGAAAGAAGAGAAGAGUAAGCUCAGCCAGGAGUUGAGUACCGUAGCAACAGAAAAAAACAAGAUGGCUGGGGAGUUAGAAGUGCUACGGUCUCAGGAACGACGCUUGAAGGAGAAGGUUGCCAACAUGGAAGUCGCUCUUGACAAGGCAUCUUUGCAGUUUGCAGAGUGUCAAGAUAUAAUACAGCGCCAGGAACAGGAAUCGGUGCGUCUAAAACUUCAGCACACUUUGGAUGUAAAACACUCUAUAAAAACCAACACACCAAAGGAGGACCCAACGAGGGACCUGAAGCAGCUCCUGCAGGAGUUGAGAACUGUGAUCAAUGAGGAGCCGGCCAUGCCCCUGAGCAAGACUGAGGAGGAUGCGAGGACUCCGUCUCUUGGAGCAUUAGAAGAUAGAGUAAGAGACUGCAUCACUGAAUCAAGCCUGAGAGCAGAGCUCUGCCACAGGAGCAACAACUCCUUGAGGGAGUCCACUGAAGGCAGCAAGUCCAGUGAGACUCUGAGCAGAGAGCCCGUCGCCCUGCAUCCGGGAGACCUGGAAGACCCGUCUAGCUGCUUCACGUUCACUUCUACAGCAAGUCCAUCUGGGAAAAUGUCAGCUUCUCGUUCAUUCAAUUCUUCUCCUAAGAAGUCUCCGGUGCACUCCCUCCUGACUAGCUCAGCCGAGGAGUCGGUAAGCUCCACACCACAGUAUCGCUCUACCAAGCCUAUUCAUUCACCCACCUCUGCAAAAGAUUCACAGUCUCCGUCAUUAGAAACAACAGGGAAAACAUGCCGAAAGCUGCAAAACAGGCUGGAAAGUCUGCAGACCCUGGUAGAAGAUUUACAGCUGAAGAACCAAGCAAUGUCUUCAAUGAUCAGAAAUCAAGAAAAGAGGAUUCAGAAAGUGAAAGACCAGGAAAAAAUGUUACUAAAAUGA